AUGUCCAACAUCUUCGAAGCCAAGCGCAAUAAUGUUCGGGCUGCUCUACCUCAGGCUGCAAUUGCUACGGCUUCGUAUUGCCGAUUGCAGGGGGGUGUUGUCACCAGUGGAGAACAGUGGAUAUCAUUCGUGUACAAAAGGCACACAGAUGGUACAGGGCUAGUCCAAUCUUCUUCCAAAUACACUCUGGGACGGAAUCUCGAAGGUUUAGCCUUGGUUCUUGGCCUCUUGCAGGAUUUGGUGCAACUGAAUUCUCGUAUCUCAUUUUUGCAUCCUCACCGCUUCGAAUAG